CAAAGGUCCUUUCCUGCCUGCCAAGUCUGGUCGGAGGCGAAUUCAAGGAGCUUACGAGUCAGCCUGUCUCUCGCCGGCUCCCUGGAGCAGAUGUUGAUGGCGACCAGCGGUUUUCGUAUAUGACUGGGGGCAAGAGACCCUCAGAUGAUCCAGACAGCUCGUCUAGGGAAACCAUGAGACUCGUAGUGGAUGAUUCUGAACACGAGUCGCAGUCAUCAUCACUGCCUGCAUCUCCCCAGCUGGAGACCUCAAAUAUCUCCCAUAAAAUCCCCGAUGAAAUUAGUAUCGAUGUAAGAUACAAGUGGAGAGAAUUCGCCGCUCCGGAUGGUUUCUUUGCUUUCGCAGGAUGUGAUCUGGAAUUGUACUCCCGUUCCAUGGCCCAGGUAGAGGAGCGCAGGAGCGGAGCCGCAGUUGAUGGCCUCCGUAAAAUUUGCCGAUGGCUGGGCCGGCAGAUGGAAUCCAUCAGAUGGGCCAGUUAAUC